GUUAAUUGUAUUUUGAAUAGACGUAGGUGGGUAUGUACCUAUUUCAAGUAAAUUUCAUUCCUGUGAUUAAGUAAUAUACAAAAUACCAAACAAUUGCCAACUUUCUGUAGAAUAUUUUGCUGCUGUGGAAGAAAGUCUACGCCUUGCAUCCCCGACUUGUCCACAACUAAUCAGAAGAGCCAUGGCUGAUGCAAUGAAAAUGCUAGAAACUCGAGAGGGUGCUGCCACUUUAUCGGAAUUAUUUAAUACCUGUGAGCCUCUAAAAGGUCCAGUAGAACCAGACAGAUCUUAUUUCCUUACCAGUCUUUCAUCACCAUUUGCGGAUGUAGUUCAAACUGCGGAUCCUGGCGAUUUGGUGGCCGAGUGUGAACGUCUGGAGAAUAACACAGGAUCUGACUUAGAAAAGUUAGCUAAGUACAUAAAACCACUACAGUAUUGCAUAUGGACUUACGAUUUGUUUAAAGAGUAUUAUUCUGAAACACACGCCAUAGGAGUAAGAAUGAGAACGCGUCAAUGGUUGUAUCAAACAUGUACUGAAUUUGGUUGGUAUCAAACACAAGCUUUUGGCGACACAUUUAAAGUAGAUCUGUUUUAUCAACUGUGCAGCGACGUUCUAGGCGAACAGUAAGUAAAACCUUCAGUCAUUGUAGCGAAUUAUUACCCUUUAUAAUUAGUGUUCUUUAACUACAC